GCCUUUAAUUUCCAUUUCCUGUCGGAGGGCAGCUGUGUAGGUCGUCCAGACCCACCAUGGCCCCGGCCGCCGGGCUCUGGCGGCGGCUGCUGCUGCUGCUGCUGGCGGCCCCGGGCGGCGCCUACUUCCCCGAGGAGCGGUGGAGCCCGGAGUCGCCGCUGCAGGCGCCCCGGGUGCUGAUCGCGCUGCUCGCCCGGAACGCGGCGCACGCGCUGCCGCCGGCGCUGGGGGCCCUGGAGCGGCUGCGGCACCCGAAGGAGCGAACGGCGCUGUGGGUGGCAACAGACCACAACACUGACAACACAACGGCUGUGCUACGAGAAUGGCUGAUAAAUGUUCAGACCUUGUAUCACUAUGUGGAGUGGAGGCCGAUGGAGGAGCCCAGGUCCUAUCUGGAUGAGGAAGGCCUGAAGCACUGGUCAAAUUCUCGCUAUGAGCACGUGAUGAAGCUCAGACAAGCAGCCUUGAAAUCUGCCAGGGACAUGUGGGCUGACUACAUCUUGUUUGUGGAUGCAGAUAAUCUCCUGACAAACCCAGACACCCUGGGCCUGCUGAUGGCAGAGAACAAGACUGUAGUGGCACCCAUGUUGGACUCUCGUGCUGCCUAUUCUAACUUCUGGUGUGGAAUGACCUCGCAGGGUUAUUACAAACGCACUCCUGCCUACAUUCCCAUUCGAAAACGAGAUCGCCGUGGCUGCUUUGCUGUCCCCAUGGUGCACUCCACUUUCCUGAUUGACCUGCGGAAAGAGGCCUCCCAGGACCUUGCCUUCUACCCACCACACCGAGAUUACACUUGGUCUUUUGAUGACAUCAUUGUGUUUGCAUUUGCCUGCAAGCAGGCAGAGGUCCAGAUGUUUGUAUGCAACAAAGAGGUUUAUGGCUUCCUGCCGGUGCCACUGAGAGCCCACAGCACCAUGCGGGAUGAGGUGGAAAGCUUCAUGCACGUGCAGCUGGAGAUUAUGGUGAAGAACCCUCCGGUGGAACCUUCACAAUACCUGUCCGUCCUGCCCAAGGUCCCUGACAAGAUGAGCUUUGAUGAGGUUUUCAUGAUUAACUUAAAGCGCAGGGCAGAUCGACGAGAGCGAAUGCUGCGGACGCUGUACGAGCAGCAGAUCGACUGCAAAAUCAUUGAGGCUGUGGAUGGAAAAGCCAUGAACAGCAGUGAGGUGGAAGCCAUGGGGAUUCAGAUGCUGCCAGGAUAUAAGGAUCCAUACCACGGCCGUCCACUCACCAAAGGGGAGCUGGGCUGCUUCCUCAGUCACUACAAGAUCUGGAAGGAGAUUGUGGAGAGAGGGCUGGAGAAAUCAGUCGUGUUUGAGGAUGACCUGCGGUUUGAAAUAUUCUUUAAACGACGGCUAAUGAAUCUGAUGUAUGACCUCGAAGAAGAGGGUCUGGACUGGGACUUGAUUUACAUUGGGAGGAAGCGAAUGCAGGUGGAGCAUCCAGAGAAGUCUGUGCCUCACGUGCGGAACCUGGUGGAGGCAGAUUAUUCCUACUGGACUCUAGCCUAUGUGAUUUCACUGCAGGGUGCCCAGAAGCUGCUGGCGGCUGAGCCACUCUCCAAGAUGUUACCGGUGGAUGAAUUUCUUCCUGUCAUGUUUGACAAACACCCUGUCUCUGAAUACAUGGAACAUUUUGAAAACCGGAAUUUGCUGGCCUUUUCAGUGGAACCACUGCUGGUUUACCCAACACAUUACACUGGUGAUGAUGGCUACAUCAGCGACACUGAGACCUCUGUGGUUUGGAAUAAUGAGAGAGUAAAAACUGACUGGGACCGUGCCAAAUCCCAGAAAAUGAAAGAACAGCAGGAGCUCAGCAAGGAGGCCAAGAACUCAGAUGUGCUCCAAUCACCUCUUGACAGUACAGCCCGGGAUGAGCUAUGACCAAAGCAGGCCCCUUCUAGGAAAUGGAUGAAGGGACUGACCGUGAUAAGGAAGGGUGUGUGUUGGAGCAGGGGUAGAAAGCGGGGAAAGGGGUAUAGCAACAUCCUUCCCUGGGGAUUACUGGGGCUUCGUUCUGUCCAAGAAUAUAAUGGUAAAGUCACUUAGAUGACAAAGCCAAUGAGUGUCAUGGCUGAAGACCUGCUGACCUCUGCUAUUGCAGGACUCUGUGUGAGAGAAUGCUGGAGAAAGUCAGGUUUGCCUUGUCCCUCAAUUCAGCCACUGCUCUGUGGUUCAGCACAGUUCUUUACACAGUUGCUCGUUGUAGUGGAGAAGUUUUAUUCUUUGGUUUAGGAAAUUGAAACGGGAUAGGACAUUGGUCUUCCUGCCUCUGUUGCCAUGUGUGUAUCUGUGCUAGGAAUGUAUCUCAUGACCAGGGAUCCUAGUUUUCUCUGAUUUAAAAAAACAACAAAAAAAUUAUCCAAUAAAAAACCAUAAUGGGGGGGAGGGGGGCAUGGAUUUUUAAAAUGAAACACUUAACGUUCUUUUCCCUAGCCACAAAAUAUAUAGGUAUCAGUUGAACACAAUGUUUUAUUGAUAUAUUUACAGUUGUAGAACACUGGAAUGAUCCAGUCACAGUGCAUUGUUUCUUUACUGUUGUCAAGGGCCCUGCUGUUUCAGCCUUUCAUUUCUUUUCAGUCAGUUUAGCUCUUUCCAUGUGUUUUGUGAUUGUCUGCCUUCAAACUUCACCAACAGCCUUGCUGCAUACAGUACAGAACAGCAGGUUACCAUCAACAUUAAAUUUGUCCUUACCAAACUCAGUGACAUGGUCUUUGGGAUGACUUUUAAAGUUUUCAGCAUCUUUUUAUAACUUUAAUUACUCAUGUGUGGAGGCUGAAGUGAAAUUUGAGAUGCAUUAAAAUGCAACACCCUAUUUGGCAUUGAGUAACCUCUAUACACCGCAAGCAUUUAUUGGAGUAUGUUUAGCUAUGUGUAUUUAAAGCACGUUCAAAAAUCAACCACAAGAGCGGGAGGUUGUGCACAUUGAAAAAGUGCUACUGGUACUUUCAGUAAAAUUUAGUUAAUUUUUACAUUGAGGAAAAAAACAAAGAUUCUCUAUAAAAACACAGUAUGUAUUUUUUCCCCUGGCAAAUGGAUUUCUGGGAUCCCUGCUCAUGACCCUUGAAUGUUCUCUUGGGGGUAUGUGGGGAGGAGGGGUGAAAUGCUGCCAGAUCCUGCAGUUCCUGCUUAUGAUGUGCCCUAAUAUAAGCUGAAGUCUUCUCUUUCUGUAAAACCAAAACUUUUCCUGUUUUUAUAAAAUGUUUGGCUAUGAUUUGAACUGUCUCUUGCUUCUUCACAAACAGCCCAGAGUGCUGGGGAAGGAGCACAGCAAGAGCUGACUUCUUCAAGCACCAACUUGUAUUGUAAUCUAGUGCUGGCUUCACAGCCCUGGAGAGUAAAGUCUUCUUUUGAUCAACUUGGCAGCAGUGGUACAAACUUGCUUGCACUGCCUAACCCAUGUACCUCCUCCCUGACCUGGAGGAGCCCUAGAAAUGAGUGGAGCCUGAUUCCCCAUGGCCCUUUCACUCCAUGGUUUCUGCUGAGGGAGGUGUGGUACUGGCAGUUGCACUGUGGGUCCCUGUCCUAGGAGCUGGAGUGAGAAUGCUGAUUUUUCCCAUAGACUAAUAAAUAUAUGGUCAUUGUUGGGGUGCAUUUGUAUCUGACCAGAAGAGAGGUUAUGAACCCUUGUUUGGCAUUUCCAGUACUGAACCAAUCAGUUCCAUCCUGAAGUGUAAUUAGACCUACUUCUAGAACACUAAGAAGUGCCUCCAUGUUCCAGUGCUUCUUCCACUGUGCUGGCUUGAGGAAUCCUCUAGAAAAGGAGCUGUGCUGUCCUCUUGCAGGGAGAGAGUGGCUGCCUGCUUUCAUGUGUAUCCAUUUUUCUUCUUCGGUGGGGGACUUGAGUGAACCUUUAGCAUUGUGAUCAUCCAGUGGACCCACUGGUUGUUUAGCAGUCUUCCUGCUUCUGAUAUACUUAAAUUUUUUUCCUAUUACUUUUUGAGUCUUUGGCUAGCUGUUCUUCAAAGUCUUUUUUGACCUUCCUAAUUAUAUUUUAUACUUCAUUUGCCAGAAUUUAUGCUCCUUUCUAUUUUCCUCGCUAGGAUUUAACUUCCACUUUUUAAAGGAUGCCUUUUUGCCUUUCACUGAUUCUUUUACUUUGUUGUUUAGCCAUCAUGGCACUUUUUUGGUUCUCUUACUAUGUUUUUUAAUUUGGGGUGUACAUCUAAGUUGAGCCUCUAUUAUGGUGUCUUUAAAAAGUUUCCGUGCAGCUGGCAGGGAUUUCACUUCUGGCACUUCCCUUUUUAAUUUCUGUUUAACUAGCCUCCUCAUUUUUGUGUAGUUCCCCUUUCUGCAAUUAAAUGCUACAGUGUUGGGCUGCUGUGGUGGUUUUCCUGCCACAGGUAUUUUAAAUUUAAUUAUUAUGAUCGCUGUUAUCAAGCGGUCUAGCUAUAUUCACCUCUUGGACCAGAUCCUGUGCUCCACUUACGACUAAAUCAAGAAUUGCCUCUCCUCUUGUAGGUUCCAGGACUAGCUGCUCCAAGAAGCAGUAAUUUAAGGUGUGAAGAAACUUUCUCUGCAUCCCGUCCUGAAGUGACAUGUACCCAGUCAAUAUGGGGAUAGUUGAAAUCCCCCAUUAUUAUUAUUAUUGAUUCUUUUAUUUUAAUAGCCUCUCUAAUCUUCCUGAGCAUUUUCACUAUCACCAUCCUGGUUGGUAAUAUAUCCCUACUGCUAUUCUAUAUAUAGAAUAGAUAUAUAUUCUGUGGUCCAGCUUUGUUCAUUUAAGAUUUUAACUUCAUUUGAUUCUAUACUUUCAUAUAUAGUGCCACUCCCCCACCAGCAUGACCUGUUCUGUCCUUCCGAUGUAUUUUGUCAUGUAAGGUGUCUAUGGAAAGGUUAUGAUUUGCUAAUUAUGAUUAUGCUAUCUGUGUGUAUCAUUUUUGUAGCUGAAGUUAUGAAUAUUGGCUAUGUACUUUGUAUAUCAAUGUAUUUUGGUUCUAAGUAGCCUUAGUAAAGCAUUUGGUCAGCUUCUUGAGAAA